AUGCUACGAAAAGAACCAAAGGACGUACCGAUGGGGUACGAUAAUCCUUCGAUGGCCGUGUCCGACGAACCGGCUACUAUGGAAAUGAGCAAUGGCCACGGCCGGACUCAUCGCAACAGUUUUCUGGGACUAAGUGAGCCCCUACCUCGGUUGGAUCACUACCGGGUGUCGCAGCGGAAAGCGAAACGGCCCUCGAUCGGGGUCCUGCACGGUGACCGGGACUCGAACGAUGGCACGCAGCGCAGCGACCAGGAGCUGCCCGAAGAGGAACCGAAACCGGCCGGCCACGUAAUCCGGCUCGGGUGGGUGCAGGGCGUACUGAUCCCUUGUCUGCUCAACAUCUGGGGCGUGAUGCUGUUCCUUCGGCUCAGCUGGGUUGUCGGUGAGGCGGGCAUAAUCCAAACGCUCAUCAUCAUCGCCCUCUCGUACACGGUGUGUGUCAUGACCACCCUUUCCCUGUCGGCCCUCUGCACGAACGGCCAGAUCAAGAGCGGCGGCUUGUACUACAUAAUCUCGCGGUCGCUCGGUGCCGAGUUUGGCGCCUCGGUCGGAAUCGUGUUCGCGUUUGCCAACUCUGUCAACGCAGCCAUGAAUACGAUCGGUUUCUGUAGCUCGCUCAACGAUCUGCUCAAAAGCUUGGACACGAAAAUCGUCGACGGCGGCGUCAACGACAUCCGGAUUGUCGGAUCGGUCAUGCUGCUGCUUAUGAUCAUCAUCUGCGCCGUCGGGAUGGACUGGGAGGUGAAGGCCCAAAAUUUUCUGCUCGUCCUGAUCGUGGUGGCGAUCGGGAACUUCAUCAUCGGCGCCAUUAUCGGACCGGGCGAUUCGGGCGAAUCGAUCGGCAAAGGGUUCCUGGGACUGUCGGCGAGUUUGAUGGCGGCCAACCUCGGAUCCGGCUACACGCUCACGAACGGUGUGCAGCAGAACUUUUUCAGCGUGUUCGCCAUCUUCUUCCCGAGUGUGACCGGCAUCCAGAGUGGGGCCAAUAUUUGUGGCGAUCUGCGCGACCCGGCGGUAGCCAUCCCGAAGGGCACGCUAUGGGCGUGCCUCAUUUCGGCCACCUCGUACGUACUGUUCUCGCUGAUGGCGGCGGGUGCUGCCGUUCGCGCAGCCUCCGGUAAUGUGUCCGAUCUGGUGGGAGUUAAUUUCGACAUCUGCAGUGCAGGUAACUGUACCUACGGACUGCUGAACGAUUACACCGUGAUGCAGCUGAUCUCGUUGACCAGUGCCAUCACGUAUGCCGGUUGCUGGGCAGCCACCCUGAGCACGGCCCUCACCAACAUCCUGUCCGUGCCGCGCUUGAUACAGGCGCUCGGUAUCGACCGGAUCUACCCGGGCCUGAUCUUCUUCUCGAAGGGCUACGGCAAGCACGGCGAACCGUACCGUGGCUAUGGGUUGGUGUUUCUGGUGUCGCUAAUCUUCAUCGUAAUCGCCGAUCUGGAUGCGAUCGCAUCGCUGAUCACUAACCUCUACCUGGCGUCGUACGCAUUCAUCAACUUCUGUACGUUCCACGCGGCCGUCGUCAAACCGCUCGGCUGGCGGCCCACGUUCCGGUACUACCAUCCGUACGUUAGCCUGCUGGCCACGAUUCUGUGCAUUGCCAUCAUGUUCCUCAUUUCGGUCGUGUCCUCGUUCCUGGCGAUGGCCAUCAUUUUCGUGCUCUACCUGGUGGUCGUCUACCGCAAGCCGGACGCCAACUGGGGAUCCUCGGUGCAGGCGCAGGCGUACAAAACGGCCCUCAACUCCACGCUCAACCUCGAGAGCACGAGCGAUCACGUCAAGAACUACCAGCCGCAGAUUUUGUUAAUGGCCGGUGAUCCGAUGCAGCGACCGGCUCUGAUUGAUCUGGCCCACCUAAUCACCAAACACAGUGCGCUGCUCGUAAUCAGUAACGUCGUUCCCCAGCGGUUGCCCUACAAACAGCGCCGCGCACUGCGCGGCAUGGGCAAAAGCUACCUGAAGGACUCCCACAUCCGUGCGUUCUACAAGAUCGUCGACGGGGUCGAGCUGGACCAGGGUGCCCGGUGUUUGAUCCAAUCCACCGGCUUUGGAAGGCUUGCGCCCAACAUACUGAUGCUGGGGUACAAAACAAACUGGCGCACCUGCGGUGAUCAGCAGCUGAGUGCGUACUACAACACCUUGCACACGGCGUUCGAUAAUCGCCUUUCGCUGCUGAUCCUGCGCAUGGGCAAGGGUUUGGACAUCUGCAAGGGGUUGGCGAACAACGAUCUGUACACGGUGACGGUGCCGACACCGCUAGAAACGACCAUUACGAUGCCACCGCGGAAGCUGAUCGCACGCCGCUCGCUGAUGCCGGUCAACUCGAACCUCGAUCUGCACGAGCUGAGCCAAUCGCACCGGUCCAGCCAGGUGUCCCCGGCUCCAACGUUCCACGCGGCCCCCGGGUUCGACUACGCGCCGCCGGCCCACGAACCGGAAGCUAAUCUGUUCAAGCAGAAGCAACCGAAGGGAACGAUCGACGUCUGGUGGCUGUACGAUGACGGCGGGCUCACGAUGCUGCUCCCGUACAUCAUCACGACCCGCUCGAAGUGGGAAAAGUGCAAGAUCCGCGUGUUCGCCCUAUCGUCGGUCAACGUGCAGGAAGAGGAGCAGAACUUGAAGCUACUGCUGGACAAGCUGCGUAUCAGCUACCUCAGUCUGACGAUGGUGCAGGUGACGGACACACCGAAGGACUCCACGAUCCUGGAGCACCAGGAGAUACUGCGGGCCGUGAUCGAUUACAACGACGAUCUGCCGGUCGUGUCGGAGUCGGCAAAGGAGCAGCUCGAGAUCAAAACCAACCGACAGCUGCGUCUCCGCGAGCUGCUCCUGGAACACUCCAAGUUUGCGUCGCUCAUCGUCAUGUCGAUGCCCGUUCCGCGACAGGAUACUGUGUCGGCCACGCUCUACAUGUCCUGGCUGGAGAUGCUCACGAAGGACAUGCCACCGUUCCUGCUCGUGCGUGGCAACCAAACGGAGGUCCUCACGUUCUACUCGUAA